GUAUGAUACGAUAAAAUGGCUGGUGUGUACAUCCGGAGACACGGAAGUGUCUUUGUCGAAUCGCCGUCGUCGUCGUCGGCCGUACAUUCACAAAAUCAGAAGACUCUGGCGGCGGCGACAUUGCGAUGGCGGUCCGACUCGUACCAAGUGAACCGUCCCUGCAACAGCGACGAUCCGUCCGCCAAUAAUCCGCGGCCGGCUGAGCCCGGGGCAGCCGUUGAGCUCACGAAGCUCAGUCACAACUGUACCGCACAUGAAGACGACCUGCAGUCACCUCACCAUUAUCAGAAAGGAUUUAUUUCUGUGAUCAGUGAAAAUAAAAAAUCAAUUACAUUUCAAAACAAUAACGAGUCAUCAUCAAGUAUAGAGUUCUCCUGGUGGUAUAUAUUCUGUCUGAAAUGUCGCCAGAAGGAAGUGGGGCCCGGAUGGGAACCAGGAUGCUGGUCGAAGACGUGCCCACACCCGUACUGCCCGUCGUUCCGGCACGUGGCCCGGAUUCUUGCGCUGCUCGUCACUGUCUCGCUGUUCUGGGGUGUGGUGCUGGUCGUUAUGGGUUCGGACGCCAAGCCGGGCGGACAACUGUUCAACAUCGCCGUGCUAGUGGUGUUCGCGUACCUGGGCGGAUGGGUGUUCCGCAUGCUCACUUUACCCGCACUUGUUGGCAUGCUCUUGGUCGGCAUAAUCUACAAGAACAUCGGUCUCAUCAACAUAGAAGGUCAUUACACCGAGCUUGUGUCCAUGUUGAGAAAAAUUGCAUUAGUGGUGAUAUUUACAAGGGCAGGAUUGGACUUGGACCCAGUAGCAUUGAAAAAACUAUACUGUAGAGUGUUGUUCCUUGCUCUCAUUCCGUGGUGUACCGAAGCAGCCGUAAUCGCGACGACCGUUCACUAUUUAUUAGAUCUUCCGUGGCCAUUCGCUAUACUUUGUGGAUCAAUCAUCGCUGCUGUGGCACCAGCUGUAGUUGUGCCUUGUCUUUUUCGCUUGAGAACGAAGGGCUAUGGUGUGGCCAAAGGAAUCCCGACGUUGAUCAUAGCAGUCGCUGGGAUUGACGACGCUGCAUCUGUCAUAGCUUUUGGAGUUGGCACCAGUAUGCUUUUUGGAUCAAAUUCAGUUACUUAUGAUUUAUUGUUAAGUCCAGUGUCAAUAGCAGCUGGGAUAUUGUACGGUUUAGUUUGGGGUUUUAUUGUUAAAUACGUUCCAGAGCGAAGUGAUCCUUAUGUGGUUCCACUGCGCAUUUUAAUGCUGUCUGGAGGUGGAUUGUUAGCUGUACUAGGUUUUGAACGUACAAGUUUAGAAGGUGCCGGUCCAUUAGCCGUGAUCAUUUCAUCGUUCACUUCAAUUUAUUUUUGGACUAAACAAGGGUGGAAUAUUGAAGAUAACCCAGUAGCCACGGCUUUUGAAAUAUUUUGGAUGAUUUGCGAGCCAAUACUAUUUGGAUUGACAGGCACACAAAUUGUACUCAAAGAACUUGACCUGAAAUUCGUAACAGUAACCGUUAUGUGUGUCGCCAUCGCUUUUGUGUCACGGAUUUUUAUAACGAUCAUAGCAGCGUCUGGGAGUUCUUUGAAUUUUAAGGAAAAACUGUUUAUCGCGUUAUCAUGGAUGGCCAAAGCAUCUGUUCAAGCCGCUUUGGGACCAGCCGUACUGGAGGUUGCUGAAAACAACAAAAAUUCGGAGCACAUCGCCUACUCCCGAAUGAUCGUGAUGGUGUGUAUCAUUUCCAUCCUGUUGACCGCCCCGGCGGGCGCGAUUAUCGUCUCGCUGUCCGGCCCCAAGUUGCUGACCAAGGCCAAGCCCAGUAAUGAACAGUGGCGCCGCGGACCGAGACCGUCGAUCCGCGACAUCACGCUAAACAGCGAGGACGAGGAAAACGGCACAAGUGUGAGCAACGACCAGGUGCAGGAGUGCAGCAGUGACCUGGCAAACGCGGUAUGCACGCCCGAGGAUCGGAGCGACAAGAUUUAAGUACCACGGCCACGAGAAAAUAACACUUGAAAAAAAUCGAAUUCAUCUUGUCACUAUUACGUGUUUACUUACAUCGCAACAACACGUGUAUAAUAUUAAACGUAUUAUAUAGAUUACGUGGCUGUAGAUGAAUCUCGAUUUCCGAUUUUCGGAUCGGACGUUUUUGUUUUUAAUUUUUAUAAUUCCCCUGUACUACGUAUAUUAUACCUAGUGCUACCUAAACUAGUCUAUAUAAUGCUUUUGUGACGAUGUUUCAUAUUUUAUAGACGGAUUAUAUAGUGUUCAUUAUGGUUUAAAAUUCAAAUAUUUUAUGUGGUAUAAUUUAUGUUCGCGUAAUACUGGAUACAUAUAGCUAUAGGUACUUUAAUUUAUUUCCCCCUACCCCGUUCCGUAAAAUUAUUCAGCUUUUCGUUAUUUAUUUUAAAUAUUUUUAAUUUAU